AUGGAAUCACCACAGCAACACAGUAGUCUUUCACCCCUCGCAAACAUAAAACCUGUCGACGAUGCCGUCUUUAUCGAGCCUAAAUCGAAUAUGCGCCGUCAAAUGGAAGACUUGUUGUUUGGAUCGAUCGCUGGUAUGGUGGGCAAGGUGAUUGAAUAUCCAUUUGACACUGUCAAAGUUCGACUGCAAACACAGCCACUGGAUCGUCCCUAUUUCAAUGGACCUUUGCACUGCUUGACAGUUACAUUGAAGCAAGAAGGCAUUCGUGGUUUAUUCAAGGGCAUGUCAUCACCCAUGAUAGGAUCCAUGAUUGAAAAUGCAGCUCUCUUUGUGGGAUAUCGUCAAGUACAACAUUUGAUCCGGUACUGUGCAGCAUCCUCAGCAGAAGAACGACAUACACUCCUUCAUACACCCGAAGAAAAGUUACCAGCCUUGAGCCUGAAUCAGCUUGUGCUUGCAGGUGCAGCAUCGGGUGCCCUUGCUUCUUUUGUAUUGACCCCGGUCGAGUUGGUGAAAUGCAAGCUGCAGGUUCAGUUGGCGGAUACCUCUACCACUCGCUCCAUUCGUUAUACAGGACCCCUUCAUGUUAUCAGUCACACGCUCAAGCAAAAUGGUAUGGCUGGAUUCUAUCGAGGCUACUUGGCAACCUUGUUACGUGAAGCAGGAGGAGGCGCCUUUUGGUUUGGUGCAUACGAGUACACAUGUGAUGCUAUUAUUCGGAAACGGGGUCUUUCCAGCAAAAAGGAAUUGGGUGCAACGGAUCUUAUGCUGGCUGGUGCAUUGGGCGGCGCUUGUUACAACUUCUCAUUCUAUCCGGUGGAUGUCGUCAAAUCAUACAUGCAAACGGAUGGCGAGCUUUUGAAAAUGACUUCUCCACGAACAUUCAUGGAAACAACACGAGAUAUUUAUGCCAAUGGAGGUAUCAAGGGCUUUUAUCGUGGUUGUGGUUUGACAGUGGCUCGAAGUAUGCCUACAAGUGCAAUCAUCUUCCUUACCUAUGAAACCUUAUCCCAAUACUUUGCCUAG